GGACACCCCAGCUUUGAGGCUGCUGCUGCUGCUAAAAUGUCUGAGACUAACCUGAGAAUCAGUGGGGGGGCGGUGAGGUUUGGGGCGACCUAUGGGGGCAACAGGCUCUUCUCUGGGGGCAGGAGCGGUGGCGGUGGCGGCGGAGGGGCUGGAAUGGCCCUCUCCAGGUCUUUUGGAAUGGGCGGGGGUGGAAGAGCGGGACUCGGUAUGAGAGGAGGGAUGGGGCUAGGCAUGGGGAUGGGAAUGGGCCUGGGGAUGGGGCUAGGAAUGGGGGGCGGAGGAGGCGGAGGCGGUUUUGGGAUGGGAAUGGGUGGACGUGCCCUGGCUCUAGGAGCCGGCGGUGGAGGGGUCAGUGCAGCAGGGUUCAGGGCUGGCGUGGCCCCACUCAGGGCUCGCUUGGGCGGCCGGGUCUUCAAGAUCGGAGGCUAUGGCUUCAACCCGUCUUUCCUGAGCUCCACCACUGCAGUGGGUGGUGACGUGGGUGUCAGCCCUGUGCCAAGCAUCGACCCCUCGCUACCCUCGCUCGACACAGUCCAGGUGACCCGCCUAAAGGAGAAGGAGGAGUUGCAGGUCCUCAAUGACAAGUUUGCCACCUUCAUUGACAAGGCUCGCUCUCUGGAGCAGACCAACGCUGUGUUGAGGGCCAAGAUCGCCAUGUUCACCAACCCGGACCAGAGCGGCCCUGCCAACACCUCCAUCCUACUCACCUCUGCCAUCGGUACCUACAAGAUCCAGAUUGAUGGCCUGUCUGCCACCAAGGAGGCCAUUGUUGCUGAGAUUGAGCACUACAAGAGCACCAUUGAAGAUGUCCAGAGCAGGUUUGAGGAGGAGACCGUCCAAACCAAGUCAUUAGAGAUGGACUGGACCACAUUAAAAGAGGAGGUAGACAAUCUCUACAUGAGCAUUUUUGAGCUUCAAACCAACAUUGGCGGACUGGAAGAUCAGAUUGGUCUCUCAAAGCAGGUGUAUGAUGCUAAAGUGAAGGAGGUGAGGAACAUCAUGACGGGUAGUGUGAGGUCAGCCUUCUCCAUCUCGGUGGACAACGCGGCCCAAGCCCAGGACCUGACCUCUGCCCUGUCGGAUGUCAAGUCCCACUAUGAAGCCCUGGCCCAGCGCAGCAAGCAGGACGCCCUUGUUUCUGUGCAGGACAGUCUCUCCAUGAUGUCCAUGACGUCCCAGCCCAGUACCCAGACUCUGACCCAAACCAAAGAGGAGCUGCGCAUGUACAAACUGCAGAUCGACUCAGUACAGAGGGAGAUCGACAGACUCAAGACCCUGAACAUCCAGAUGGAAUCUCAGGUGGAUGAGGCAGAGUCCCACUCCAGCUCCCACACAGAGACCUAUCAGGAGCAGGUGCUGACCCUCAAGUUGCAGCUGGAUGACAUCAGAAAGCAAAUAACACACUAUGGUCAAGAGUACCAGGAACUCCUAGCCAGUAAAAUGUCUCUAGAUGUUGAGAUCACUGCAUACAAGAAGCUUCUGGACAGCGAGGAGAGCAGACUGAGGUCAGGAGGCGGUGUGACCGUGCACAUGUCUAAGACUGCCAUUGGAGGAGGGGGAGGUGGGGCUGGCCUGGCCCUGGCCCUGGGAGGAGGAGGAGGAGGCGGCGGCAGCAUGGGUCUGGGAGGCGGCGGCGGCGGCAUGGGUCUGGGAGGAGGAGGAGGAGGAGGCGGCGGCGGCAUGGGUCUGGGCGGUGGCUACAGAAUGGGCGGAGGCCUAGGAGGUGGCUUUGGAGGGGGUCUGGGCAGUGGCUUUGGAGGUUUUGGAGGAGGUCUGGGGUUAGGAGGAGGUGGAGGGUCCUUCGGAGGCGGGGGAUCCUUCGGAGGCGGGGGGUCCUUCGGAGGCGGGAGCAGCUACAUGUCCUCCAGCCUGAGCAGCAGUGGACUCUCUUCAACAGUGUACUGAGGACAAACCGGACCGACCAGAGAAUCUCCAUCUGCCUACAUUGAGAUGGAACCCUGUUUUGGCAGAAUUACUAAGAAAGAUCAACAGUCUCAGAUUCUGUUGUGUGACUUCCCAUAAUGUAACAUGUUUAAUAUCAAUAAAAGCAGUGUUAUUUCA